AUGCCUGUUAUCGCUGUUGCCGAUGGAACCGGUAAGCUUGGCUGUACUGUUGUUGACGCCAUUGUCGAACAUGGUGGAUACGAGGUUGUCGUCCUUGCCCGAGCAGCCAGCAAAGCCAAACAAAAGGAGCUCGGCGUGCGUGUAAUCGGCGUUGACUACAAAAGCGUGGAAGCACUUACUGAAACGCUCGAGAAUGAGAACGUCGACACAGUGAUAGCUACAUUCGACUCGGCUGCGCCGCCUGACCCGGAGCUAGCCCUUGUCAAGGCCUGUGAUGCAUCCAGCAAGACACGACGCUUUAUUCCCAACUGGUGGGGCAUCCGAUAUACUGCAGAAGUCGCGGCCAUCUUCCCCAUUGCUGCAUCGAAGAUUGCAGUGCUGGAAACAUUGGAGAAGACAAAUCUAGAAUUUACCACCGUGAUCAAUGGCUUCUUCGCGGAUUACUACGUUCCAAAGAUCCCAUCCCGCAUGGGGCCUUUCACUAUGGCACUUGACAUCCCCAACAACGUUGCCGCAAUCCCUGGGACGGGUGACGUUCCUGUGGCAUUCACGCAUACCAUGGACGUUGCGCAUUUCACUGCUUCUCUACUCGGCCUUCCAGAAUGGCCGAGAGAGUCAUAUAUUGUGGGAGAGAAACUGACUUGGAAUGAGUUCCUAGCUGUUGUAGAAGAGGCCAAAGGUUCAAAAUUCAAUGUUAGCUAUGAUCCUCUCGAGAAAUUACAGAAAGAUGAGAUCACGGAGUUGCCCGGACACAAGACCAUGCAUGCCUUUGUUCCGAAGCAGGUAUUAGAUGGUCUUCUCGCGGUCUUUGGCAUUCUCUUCGAGGAGGGGUAUUUCGACCUCAAGCCCGUGAAGAGCAUGUCUACAUUCAAGGCAAGGACAGUCCAACAGAUGGUGAAGGAAAAUUUUCAUGAUCAGCCAGACUCUACACAGAGUACAUGUGACGUCGCAAAUUAUCUGGGAAGCAAAUAG